GUCAAGAUAAAAAUGAAAAAGAAAUGCAAAAUGUUAAAAAAACAUAGUCAUAGGUCUUGUCGUUGUCCGAAAACCAGACAGAGAACCAGCUCAUAGGUCCCUCUCCCUGUCUAACAAAAGCUCUCUCUUUUCGAUUAGAUCCAUCGACAACAUUGCUUAAAUCCGAUUCGAAUAUUCACAUUUCUAUUCAAAUUCUAUUCAAAUCUGGCAUUUUGUAUUGCCCGAAUGUGAAUUGGAUUUUUUAUUGUUGGGAGUUUUUUUUGGAACAUUGUCAUUUUCAUUGUUGUUGUCAUUAAUUUGGGAAAUUUUAUUUAUAGAAAAUAAAUAUUUGAAUUUUGAGCAUGGAUUCGUUACUUGGGGUGAACGAAGAGCUAGCGGAGAUCGAGGGACAGAUUUCUGAUAUCUUUCGAGCACUUUCAAAUGGAUUUCAAAAAUUGGAGAAGAUCAAGGACUCCAAUAGGCAGAGCAGGCAGCUGGAAGAGCUCACAGCCAAGAUGCGUGAUUGUAAGAGGCUUAUUAAAGAAUUUGACAGAGAAUCAAAGGAUUCAGAGUAUAAAAAUGAUUCAGACACGAACAAGAUGCUGAGUGAGAAAAAGCAAACAAUGAUUAAAGAGUUGAAUUCGUAUGUGGCUCUCAAAAAACAGUACACAAGCAAUCUUGAAAACAAGCGAGUAGAUCUCUUUGAGGGCCCUGGUGAAGGAUUUGCAGAAGAAAAUGUCUUGCUCGCUUCCAAUAUGACAAAUCAGCAGCUAAUGGAUCAGGGAAAUCAGAUGAUGGAUGAGACUGAUCAAGCAAUUGAGAGGUCAAAAAAGGUUGUCCACGAGACUAUUGAUGUUGGAACCGAGACUGCUGCAGCACUCAAAUCUCAGACUGAACAAAUGAGCAGGAUUGUUAAUGAGCUGGACUCCAUCCAUUUUUCAAUUAAGAAGGCUUCACAGCUGGUCAAGGAAAUUGGUAGGCAGGUUGCAACUGAUCGGUGCAUUAUGGCCCUGCUUUUCCUUAUUGUGGUUGGUGUCAUAGCAAUUAUCAUUGUAAAGCUCGUGAACCCAAAUAACAAAGACAUUCGAGAUGUACCAGGAUUAGCUCCUCCAGCUCCCAGUCGAAAACUACUUUGGAUCCCUAAUUGAAGAGCUACAAGCGAUGACAUGAUUUUCUGAUUGGAUGGAUUCUGCUACUUGUUAGGCUACAGGAGGCAUCUGGCUUUUCCAAAACCUGGUGUGUUUAGAUCAACUAUAUAUUUUCUGAAUCCAUUGGACGGAUUUUGGAAUGCGGCAGCUACUCAAUCUGUAUCCAAUGGAUUUUGGAAUGUGGCAGCUACUCAAUCUGUAUUAAUCUAAAAUGAUUGAACUGGAAAUUUGUUUCGGUUCUUAUUCUACUAUAUCCUCGUAUUUUUUCUCAUUGGAUGAAGCAGAUAUGUUGUAUAUGCAAUAUGCAAUAUGCAUUGGCAUUGUUAUUUAUUUAUUACACAUAAUUCUUAUACUCUGCA